GUUCUCGUCUGUUUUAACCAUGGAUUUUCUUCUUUUACAAAAUGUAUAUGCAUGCAGAGGAUGAUUUGUUUUUCCUUUGCUAUUUAACUAUAGAAAAUACAACCUAAAAUCAAAUGAGUGAAAAAAUUAUUCUACACUUGACUGUUGUUACUCUACAUUACAAGAAAACAUGACAGAUUAUAACAACGAAAAUGACUAUUUUAACAAAAUUUCUGACAAAAACGUUUGUCAGUUCUAUUUUAUCAGAGCUAAAAUUUCAUCAAUUUUUUUUAUAAACAAUUGAGAAACAUAAAUCAUCAAAAUAUCGGACCAAAUACUGACAGAAAUUUCUAAAAACUUUUGACAAUACUUUUGACAAUUUUUUGAUGAUGUUAUUUAAUUAUUAUAUAAGUAAUUGUAUUAUAAAUAUUCAUAAUUAAUAAAAAUAAACUAAAACUAAAUUUAAUUUCAAUUUUAAACAUGAAGAAAUACUAGAAUUAAUUUAAAAAAUAUUUAUAGUAAAACAUAUUUUCAGAAAAAUUCAAAAACUUUAUUAAUUUUUUAUAGUAAAAAGUUUUAAAAUAUUUUUACACAAGAUUGUUUUAUAAAAAUUCAACACAAAGCAUUUGUAAUUAAUUUUUACAACAAAAAAGUUUAAUAAUAUUAAAUAAAACAGAAUUUAAAUAGCUAACCUUUCUUUUACAAGUUUAACUAACAUAAACCUUAAAAAAUGUUACAAUCUUCACACUAAUAAAAUUUAGUAAUUUACUAACUAAUUCACACAAAAAUAAACCUAAAAUCAAGACAAACUAACUAACUUCUAACAUAUAACAAUCUAAAACAAUAUAAAUGAUUACUUACAUGUUUUAGUGGUGGCUGGAUAUGAACUUUUUUAAAAGAGAAAAAACUAAAUAAUUUUUUAAAGAGAUGUGAGUUUUGUAGAAUGAAAAGAGAAAUUUCUUUUUUAUUAUUAUUAAGAGUUGAAUAUUUUGAUGGAUCGAAAUCAUCAGAAGUUUGUUAUUUGCCAAAAAUUUAGACGACAAUAUUUUCUGUUUCAAAAUAUUUAAUUCCAUCGAAAAUUCAUCAAAAUUUUCCAAUAAUAUUUCAACAAAAAAAUCAUUACUAAUAUCAAGGCGUUGUUGUCGGCUUUCAUCAGAAAUUUCGAUGACCAAAUUCAUUAACCCAAUCAACUAACAAAAAAAGAAUGAAUUUUUUACUUUUCAAAAAAGAAGAAGAAUUUUACUUUCCGUCUUUACCACACAUAUCCGAUAGAACGAAAAUCUCACAUGCUCUUAAACAAAAAAAAGUUAUCUGCAAUAUUUUUAAUAAGUCUAACAUACUUUUUAUUUAAUCUAUAUUUUUAAGAAAUGUGAUUAAAAUCAAUCAAUACUAUUAAAAGAGAAUGAGUUCUAAAAAAAUCUACUUACAAAAAGUUGUUAGACCUAUUUGUUAGAAACAUAACAUGUCUUCUUUUAUAUAGUAUCAAUAAUAUUAACAAAAAAUAAAACAUUCAUUAAUAGCAGAAUAUUUUUUCUGGUUUUGGGGAUUUAACUACAUUUAAGUUAACAAUAAAAUCGACCAAAUUAAUUAUACUCUGUCCCACAAUAAUAGGUCAGUAUGGUAUCUUACCAAAUACAAAAGCGUUUAUUUUAAUAUUUAUUUAUUUCGAAUUUUGAAUCAAAUCACAUAGAAUAAAUAUUUAUUCUAAAUGUACACUAAGUAAACAUACUAAAAAUUCACUAAGAUUUUUAUACUAAUUAACAACUUAUCUAUGUUUUUUCUACAAUUCAAAAUCAUUCAGAACUAAAAGAAAUAAAAGGGUAUAGAUUAACAAACAAAAUAACAUCUAAAUAAUUAAAAAAAGACUAUGUAUCAAUAUUCAAAAUAAAUCAUUCAAAUAUUAUGCAUAUAUUCAAUAUAACUAAUUUUUUUUUCUAAUAUAGACUAGAAUACUAUACCCUAAACCAUAUAUCAAAUACAUAUUUGAAUAUCAUUAAUUUUAAUUUUCAUCCAUCAUAAAAAAAGAAUUCUUUGAAUAUUUCGUAUAACCAAAUUAAAAUUUUACCUAAAAAUUAACAUAAUAAAUAAUUAAAGAAAAAAUACUAUAAAAUUAACUUUUAAACCUAAAAAUGAAAACAUAAACUUAUACUAAGUUAUUUAUAACAAAAAUAAACUAAUACUGUUAUAUCAAUAAAUUUUGUUUUUUCUGUUAACAUUUUUUCGAAUGAUAUAAUAAAAUUUUAAUCAAAAGCUAAGAAAUCACAAAUUUAUUCAAUUUUAGUUUUCUAAAUAUAUGAAAAAUUUAAUCAAAAAUUUAAUCAUGUUUUUUUAAGUUUAUAUGAGAUCAAUCGGUAUCGUAUUAGAGGUUAAUAGCAGAUUUUUGGAUUGCUAUUAGGUUUAUCAGAUUUUUUUAUAAAUGUGAACUGGAUUAUAUUUUAGGUCGUCGAGUCUACCGAUGUGACCAUGAGUCAGGGUUGGAAAUAAAAAUGCUGCUUCGAACUUAAACAUUAUGAUAAAACAACUUAAAAAUUAUUUGUUUAAUAAAAAUUAAAUUCAAGAAAAUUUUAUCAAAAAAAUCAACAAAAAAAUACCCGCGCUUUUGAAGCGCGUGUCAAAAUCUAGUUAUACCUUUAAUUCAUCUAACCAAUAAGAUUUUUUUGUCUUAUUUAUCUAUCCCGUCCCUUUUGUUCCCUCUCUUCUCCUAUUCAACAUGUUCUUUCUCUCUCUUUCCGAACACCACUGUUGCGGAGGUGCUUUUAUUCAGUUCGUACUAAUCAAUACAUUUUUUUUGUCCGCCAAGAGCCUGCCUGACUUAACUUUGAUUCAAUACAUUACUCCUUUACUUGAGAUCGUACAUACAUGAUGACAGCGUAUAUGUGACCAGUGGCGGAGCUACAUCUAGGAUAGGAGGGGCAGCUGCCCCCAUGUGUUUUUCAAAUCAAUGUAUUUUUGUACUAAUUUUUUAUAAUACCCCGGUUGAUAAUUCAAAAUUAUAGAAGUAUUAAACUGAAUUUUAAAGUUUUACCCCGGAUAACAAAUAUUUUUAGAUUCUAUAGAAGUAUUAAACUGUAUUUUAAAGUUUUACCCCAGAUAACAAAUAUUUUUAGAUCCGCCACUGUGACAAAUGUUGUUUGUACCUGGUAGAUUAGUAAUUAUUGAAUAACUGCAAUGAACUGAACUUGGGAUUGAACGAAUUCACACUAAUUUGAAGGACUAGCUUUGGUGUGGGGGUGGGUGGGGAAACCACAUCAGUAAUUAGUCCACUUGUUAUUUUCUCAAUUCACAGUAAAUGUUAGAGCAGUGACGACUGAGUUUUAGAAGAUGAAGAAAAACAACUCUUUAAAGUGUCCAUGUACCAGUCGUGAAGUAUUACAUGAAGUCAUACAAGAAGUGAGACGUGAAGUGAAGCUGAAGUGAAGAUGUGUAAUUGAUUUGAAGACUGGAAUUGGAGCCUACUUAGAGCUGAAAUAAAGACUACUUGGAGGCUAAAAAAGCUAUGAUUUACCUUGGAGAAAAAGUAAAUCAUCAGAUUUUCAAAAGACUUUGAAGAAGAUUUGAAAAUAUUCCAUAAAAGAAGAUAUGGUAAUAUCUUUUUCUUGGGAAUUUGGCUAAGCCAAGCCACAAAAUCUACUAGUAUAAGUAGAGAAAGACGUGCUUUGAAAUAUGUACCACCUCAAGAGAAGGCCGUAAGCAUAAGGGCUAGGGGUCAUGAGGGGGCCAGAGGGGUUUUUGGGUAAGUUUGAUAUAGGAACGUGUUAGGCUAGUGUCUCUGUUUGGAAUGUGACAUGUUAGUCAACUUGGAAGAGAGCUAGUAAGGCACUUUAGCUAUGUAAAGAUAAACCUUCAUUAUUAUCCUGUUGUAGUACUUUGUGAAAUAAAUAAAGCAUUGUACUUGUAUGUUUUACUCUCUAUAUUAGUCCCGUCUUGCACUUUCAAUUGGUAUCAGAGUGGGUCACCUAAGUCAUUGGUGAAGAUCCUGAAGGAAAGAGGGAAGACUGAAGAUAGAGUACAACAUGAAGCAUGGUGGUUGAGCUGAAGCAGUGUCUGGACGCUGAAGCAAUGUAUGGGCACUAAAGCAGUCUAUGGGUGUUAUAUUCUAAAACUCAAGUAUCAAGGGGGAGAUUGUUAGUACAGUGACGACUGAGUUUUAGAAGCUGACGAAAAACAACUCCUCAAGGUGUCCAUGUACCAAUCAUGAAGUACUACAUGAAGUCAUACAAGAAGUGUUACAUGAAGUGCAGCUGAAGUGAAUGUGUGUAGCUGACUUGAAGACUGGAAUUGGAACCUACUUAGGGCUGAAGUAAAGAUUACUUGGAAGUUAAGAAAACUAUGAUUUACCUUGGAGAUUUCCAAAAGACUUUGAAGAAGAUUUGAAAAUAUGUCACAAAGGAAGAUAUGGGAAUAUCUCUUCUUUGGGAAUUUGGCUAAAGCAAGCCACGAAAUCUACUAGUAUAAGUAGAAAAAGACGUGCCUUGGGAUAGGUACCACCUUAAGAGAAGACCGUAAGCAUAAGGGCUUUGGUGUUGAAUGAGAGUAGACACAGAACAUAAGGGUUAGGGGUCAGAGGGAUUCUUGGGUUAGUUCUAUCUAGGAACGUGUUAGGCUAAAAAUGGUAAUAUUUCUUCCUUGGGAAUUUGGCUAAGGCAAGCCAUGAAAUCUACUAGUAUAAGUAGAGAAAGACGUGCCUUGGAUAUGUACCACCUUAAAAAUAAGGUCAUAAGCAUAAGGGCUUUGGUGCUGAAUGAGAGUAGGCACAAAGCAUAAGGGCUAGGGGUCAGAGGGGUUAUUGGGUUAAUUUGAUCUAGAAACAUGUUAGGUAGUGUUUCUGUCUGGAGUGUGACAUGUUAGUCAAUUCAGAAGAGCUGGUAAGACACUUUAUCUAUGUAAAGAUAAAUAUUUAUUAUUAUCCUGAUGAACUACUUUGUGAAAUAAAUAAAACAUUACACUUGUAUGUUUUAGUCUUUGUAUUAGACCUGUUUUGCACUUUCAAUAAAUGUGUUUUUAUUUCAAUAAAUAAAUCAAUAACUUAUAUGUACGUGCCUUGUGAUAGGUACCACCUUUAGAACUUCAUAUAAUCUUUAACAAAAAUUAUAUAUUAUAUAUUUAAAAUUAUUUUACAUAAUCUUUCUCAAAAAAUAUAUUUUAUAUAAUUAUAUGUUUAAAUACAUAUUUUGAUUUUUAUGAGUUAUUUUAUUUUAAUAGUGUUUAUUUUAAGGAGUACAAAUUUAUUUCAAAAUUACAUAUACUCUUUACUAUAAACUUAUUUUUCUAUUGAAAUCGAUUACAAUCAUGUGAUAUAAACAAACCCAAAAAACCUAUUUGCUACUCGCUACUGUUUUUAUUAGAAUUAUAUGAUUGAAAUAAUUUUACAAAAUAUAAUACCCUAGCAAAAACUCGAAUAAGUCUGUUAAGUUUCUAAGAAUUAUCCGUUGGGGACAAGAUUUAACAUAUUAACGUACGAACUUGAUUUUUUUCCCCCUUAUAUCUGUUCGGGGCAAAUCACAUUUUAAACACUCAAAGUGUCACCGACUAGCACUUUAAACCUCCAAACUUUUUCACUAGCACUCCAAUACCUCAAACCACAAAACUUAUCUAAUUAAACCUUGAAGUCGGUUCCCACGCUUGAGCCGUAAUCCCAUUUAACGUCACUGUUCACGGGGUUUAACCUAUUAAAAACGUGUGUCAUUUUUAAUUAAAAAAACAACAUAACUCUUUUUCUAUUUCUGAAAAUCGAUUUGGGGAUCUAGGGUUUGAUCUCAAAUCGAAUUCAAAGAAAGAAAAGAGGAGACGUGGAGACGAAAUCGACGAAGUGGAACAUAGUAAGUCGUCUUCAUCAAUUUGUAAAGCAUCUGAGAUUGAUAUCUCUGAGCAAAUAUGUUUCUGACUUUUGUGUUUCAUUUCAUAAAUCAUAUAUAUACAUUAUUGCAUCAUAGUGGAUAGUUAUCAACUAGUAUUGACCAUGUCUUGUGUUAUUAGUAUCAUUUACAUGUUUUGGUUUGAUUUGGUGUUGUAUAUGUGUAAAUGGCUCACAGUUCAAGUUCCUCUACGAUUGAGUACAAGAACGACAAAAGUGUGGUCUGUAACUUUAACCGUUUAGCAAAUAUAGUCCAAGCUUGGACAGAUGACAAUCCGGGUAGGAGGUUCUACAGCUGCAAAGGGCGUAGGGUUGGAAACAGAUAUGAUUCUUGUAACUUUUUUGAUUGGUAUGAUGAAGAGAAGCCACACGGGUGGCAAUAUGUUGCAUUGCUUGGUGCUAGAGAUGUCAUGCGCAAACAUAAAGAGGAGAUUAAAAUUCUGAGGAACAAGGUAAGAGAACUUGCCAUAGCGAGUGAACGCAUAGGUGAAAAUCUAACUGAUUCAAAGCAAACAUGUGAGGCAUGUAAAGCAUGUGAAGAGCUGGAAAAGGAGGUGCUGAUACUAAACGAGAGGAGUACGGUGUAUCGCAAUGUUCUUAUUGCGUCAUCAAUUGGAUUGACUAUGGUUCUUGGUGUUUUUGUGGGUAUGAUGAAGUGGUAGAAGACUAGUUAUGACUAUUUUAGCUUCUUUGAGUAUGUUAUGACUAUUUUAAUUAUUCGAUGUUGUUGUGAUGAUGGUGUGACUAUUUAAGCUUGUGUGAUGAUGUUGAGACUAUUUAAGCUUGUUAAGACCUUGAUGUUCUAUUAUGCUUGUUUCAAGUUUAUGUCAAAGUUAUGUCUUUUGUCAUAUAAAGAAACAAAAAACUACAUGUCUUGAAAACAAGAAAACAAACUUCAAUAUGUCAUAGAAACAGCCUAAAACAGACUCCAUCAAGUUAUUGAAACAACAAAAGACAAACUCCAUCAAGUUAUGGAAACAACAAAAAAAAAACUCCAUAAUGUCAUGGAACAAAAGACAACAAAAGAUAAACUCACGACAACAGAGUCAUGGAACUAACAAAAGACUAACUUCAUAGAUAGAUUAAUCACUCUUGUGGAGGAGGAGGAGGAGAUUGCUGUGGAUUUAGAUCAGACCUAUCAUAAACACGGUCUCCAAACACUUCAAAAGGCCGAUUUGUGAAAGGACACCAUAAUGUUCCAACACCAUGGGGAAUGCUAGUUGUCUUCCUUACCUUCAAAAAUCGUCCUUUUGAAGCUUUCUUUGCAUGUGGCUUGGGGUCAGAGGAUAAUACCAAUGGCUGAGGAGCAGUAGAGUGAGUAGGUAUCUGAGAAGAUGAUUCAGAAGCGUGAACAGGCUCAGAGCUUGUGUGUAACGCCUGAGAAGAGGAUCCAGUAGUUGGAGUUUUUCUUCUUCUAGUUAAUGGAGGCUUUGGUGUACCCUGCAUAAAGAAUAUUGUAAGAUUGACAUAGAUGAAUUGUAUGUUAAGACUAAUGCCGAAUUUACCUAUAUAGGGUGUAUACGAGGACGACCACGUUUGUUUUUUGGACCCUCAUAGACCACUUUUUCGUUCUUGCAGCCACUUUUGAUGUGCCCUGUCUGAUGGCAACGACUACAUUUGGGCACACGUCCAUGUCUUGUAGCUUUUCCAGCAUUUGCAAGAGCUUCAA